CACGAGGCGACGCGAGGGCCGGACGGAGAAAGGGCCGCGUCGCAACUCGCAACAGCACGGCAGCGAAACCAUGGCGGCCAACCACUGCUUCCGCCGCCUCGCCUCCGCGUCGGCCUCGGCUCUCUCCCGCCGGUCGCAGAAUCCUAGUCCCCCGCCAGCCCUCCUCAUCCGCCUCGCGCUCUCCAGCUCCGCGACGGAUCCGCCGCCGAAGGCGGAAGGAGAGGAAGCGGCGGGAGACAAGGGCGUUGCCGACGCCGGCGAGCUGAAGGAGAAGGAGGAGGAGGAGGAGGACGAAGACGGCGGCGUGCACGUGAACAAGGCCACCGGCGAGAUCGGCGGCCCGCGCGGGCCCGAGCCCACGCGGUACGGCGACUGGGAGCGCGGCGGCCGCUGCUCCGAUUUCUGAACUGCUCCUGCUCCGAAGCGAUUCCCGCGAGGUGAGACCACGGGCAGCGGGUUAUAUACACUGUGCUGUUGGAUUCGUUCUACGGUGAUGCUAAUCGUGUUAGUAAUCUGUGCAAGGAUGGUGUGAUAUACAACUGUUAAAACUGCCUUUUGCUUUGUUCUCUUGGGAAUAAAAUGAGUUGACAGUACUCGAUUCAGAAUGCUCA